AUGGAAUACGUAAAACGCCCCAUCCGAGCUGCCACGGCUCCUGCGGCGCAGAGGAUCUACCUCAACACUUUCCUCUUCGUUACGACCUCGCUCGUACUGCUCGGCAUUGCCGCCGUCGUGUACCCCGUCUUCUACUACGCCUACGUCCCAAAGAAGCUCGUGUCGGUCCCGGUGCACCUCCAAUACAAUGCCGGGCUUAAUCCCUUUGGGGUGACCUCGCUCUCCAAGAGCCUGAUGCUCGAGACGGCCUACGACGUGACGGUCGAGCUGACGCUCCCGCGGUCCCCGCCCAACGUCGACCGCGGCAACUUCAUGAUCGCCCUGUUUGCGACCAAGUCGGAGCUCGAGAACCCGGCCCAGUCGUGGACCAUCCCGUCGGACCCCUACGCGCACGUGCAGCCGGACAACGUGGUCUUCUCGUCGCGCCGCCCGGCCCUGGUCCCGUACCGCGACCCGCUCCUAUCGACCGCCGGCCGCCUGCUCUUCCUGCUGUGGCACCUCGUCGUCUCGCCCGCCGCCGCCGAGCUCGAGACCCUGACCGUCCCCAUGGGCGAGCUCGUCGAGUUCCGCCACCAGCUGCCCCUGAGCCUGCUGCUCGACGUCCAGGCCGGCCAGACCCUGCAGGUCUACGCCGCCCGCAUCGAGCUCGUGGCGCGCCUGACCGGCCUCCGCUGGCUGAUGUACAACCACCGCAUCCUGAGCUUCGUCGCCUUCACCGCCCUCUUCUGGCUCGCCGAGAUGCUGUCCAUGGGCGUCGGGUGGCUGGUCCUCGCCUACGUGCUCCGGGGCAAGCAGGAUGGGGAGGGCGGGGCUGCCGUCGUCGCUCGCGACACGGAUCUCGACGACAGCGCCUGGAAGAGCGACCGCAGCGCGGUGCUGAAGCGCGGGAGUGCGGACCGCGGCUCCGAGACCACCAGCGGGCCGAGUUCCUCGACCUACUACGACAAGAGCCGGAGUGUGAAGCACGAAGACGACGACGACGAUGACGAGAAGAAGUACAUCAAGGAGGAGAGCGUGGAACGAGACCUGCCGGCCCGGCGCAUCGGGUACGGAGAGGACGACGGGGCAGAGGGCACGGGGUCCAGCUACGGCAAGGCGAAGAGCGCAGUGAGGAAGCGGUCGUCCAGAGAACUGGGUGGGCAUGAGUAA